GUUCCUCUUUUACCUUGCAUUAUAUUCUCCUCCAUUCAAUCCUUUUCAUUUUCCUUCCGUGUCAUCCAAACACAGCCCAACAGCUUUAGCUUUUAAAAAAACUGAGAUUCACUGACUUGGCCACCUUCAGUUCAUUGGGUAAAGAAAGUUUCUGCUGAGAGCUGGUCCUGGCAAUUGUUUCUAUGGCUAAUAGUAAUGCUAGCGAACAACCAUCCGCUUCUCUAGCCCUCACCCCUGACAACAUUAAUCCUCAGAAAGAUGAGCUUCUCUUCUCCGGUGACCGGAAAUUCGCCGUCCAUGGUGAGAUCAUGCUGCUUGUUCUCGUAUUGCUUUUCGCUUUCUUUCUUCUGUUUAUUAUCUACUUUUUGUUUAAAAGACGCUACAACUACGAUUCCCCUAAGCUCAGCCAAUCGGAGCUUGUUUCUCAGAUGAAUCCUUCGGCCGCUAUUUUUAAAGUUCAGUUGAAAGAUGGUACAAAUCUGAUGCAAGUUACCCAGCAACCACUGUAGCCAUAGGUGAACUUCAAGGUGGCUCAAGCCCUAAAAUCGUCUUGGCCACAUGACUUUUCUCAUCCUCUUGUUGAUUCCUGCGGACUUCAGGAAUUGCCAAUCAUUGAUUGCCACAUCGUUGAAGUAGUUGAAUAUGGAACGAAAUGGCAGCUUGGAAUUGGUGAGACGAAGGAGAUAAUAUGUCCUGCAUGAAAUUUAUUUGUAUAUUGUUUGUUCAAUAGUGGAUGUAAGGGUAAGUUUAGUUUCCUCGUAAGUUUUGAGAUUCCCUCUUUGUAUUUAAAGCAAUUGGAAACUUUGCAUUAAUCAGUGAUUUUGUUUAAUCAAGUAUACAGACCUAGAUCAUGAGAUAUUCUUACACAUACAUGGUUGCAAGCACAUCUAGCUAAUAAAUAAAUUAAAAUAUUAAUAAAUUUUACAUUUUUAAUUAAAUUUUCUUAACGGAGUAAAAAGUUUUCUUAGUUCAAAUUAAGAAUAUUUCAUAUUGUUAUUUCAUAGCUUACAGGUUAUGCCAAUCGGUGGAGUUGGAGAUCCUUCUCUCUCUUUGUUUGAAAAGAGAGAAAGCUUCUCUCAAACAUUUGUCUAUCUCUUCUUCCGGUAAAGCCGGUCUUUUAUGUCUUUUUAGGAGAUAUUUUUUGCACUUCUCAAGUGAGAAAAGACCUCAUCUUAACCCAACAGUGGAUUGACAUGUCUAUUGUCGGGUUGAAUGUAUAUAGCUCUUUUGUUUUAUCAACAGCGACGCUGAACUAUGAGGGGUCUUACAUAUUGAAUGCUUUUUUUAUUUUCUGUUUGUUGUGGUAUUUGGUUGGUUGGUUGUUUGUUCUUUGUAGGCCAGAGAUUCAACGAGUUCUAGUUCAUCAUGCGGCAUCCUUAGGCAUUUGAUGGGUCGUCAAUGGUUCAUUGAGCUUGUCUCGGCAUGCGCUUUGUCGUCAAAGAUCGCACAACCACUUUCAUUCUUCACCAAUCCUAUGGUUGCACGUGACUUUUUGGUUGCGAUGAGCGCUCUCUCAUCCUACAGUGGUGAUCCUCUAGUUGUUGUUCAUCAUCCUCAGCUUCAAUUUGUUAUUUAUGGUCGAAUGGCUACAAUAGGAAGGAGUUUGUAUUUCAGCUACGGUGGCGUAAAUGAUGCUUGGGUGGCCGGAUAUAGCCUGAGGAGCACUAGCAAUGAACUGUUGAAGCUUCCAAAUCUGAACCAGAUUCUCCUGCUUUUCGAUCGAGUUUUUAGAGCUUCUCAAUUAUGGGCUUCAUUUGUGUAUUUUCAUUUUUGUUAGGUUCUAAAUAUAUAUAGAUUUGGCCUA